AUGGAAAGAAUCCAGGAAGUUUAUUUGCUGAGCGAAACCGAUCGCCUUGGUGUAACAACGGGUGUUUUUAUUGCAAAACUGAUGGAACUAUGCUCAGAUCUAUUCAAGAAACAUGUACUAGGCGAGCACAGGCAUGACAAUGUUGUCGAGUGGUAUACCACGUUUCUGAAACUCGACAACAUUGUCAUGCCUGCACUUCGCCAGAAACGUGGGCGGAAAGUGCAAACACCUGAGAGAAGUGGCGCUGCAAUGAGCACCAAACGUCUUAAAGAAACGGAGCAUUACAAUGCCACUACUUCUGAUACACCAUCAGUGUGGCGCUGUGGACCCUCACUCACCGCGUAUGCGAACUGGUCAUGUGACAAACGAUUUCUGAAGCCUCUGCGCCACACAGUUUUGAUGGAAGGAGAUGGAUAUCCAUUGUACAAAAGACGCAACCUCUUAACUGAAGAGAUUCGCAGGAUGAUCUCCGCUGAAAAGUAUCUCUACAUGUACAUUCUCAAGGGUCCAGACCGUGCCGAUAUAAACAUCGAGCGCGCCUACGAAGCCGAAAAUAAGACAACACCUCAAUACUAG